CAACAGGGCCAGUUUGGCAACGUUGCUUCUAAACUCGUUUGAAAACGGAUGUUAGACCUGUAGGCGUUGUGAAGCGAGAAUCGACAGACGUCGUCCGUCGAGAGGCGAUCGAGCCAAGUGUCGCGAUAAAGUUGCGGGGACGUGAAAGAGAUGGUGAGAGCGAGCUGUCUCGCUUGCAAGAAUGCUCUCGCAACCUGUCCUGCUGCCACCCCUGGCAACCUGCCCGCCCGGCGCACACACACUUCAUCAUGUGACUGCGGGUUUGAAUCGACGGCGCGGCGGUGGAGACGACGAGUCAUCCAUCGCACACUUGCUGCGCUCGAUGUAGCGCUGAGGGUGUAGUGGUCAGGUCAGCGCCGACGUUCGAAUCCGGUGUACGUAUAUGGACGGGGCGGCGUGCGUGUGUGUGCGAGGCAGCCGAACUGGCUGGCCGAAUCCGUCCAAAGAGGCAGAGAUAUUUAUGAAAAAAUAAUACCACACCACUCGACUGUGUAUGCUGCUAACGUUUAGUCAUAUCAUUCAUCCUCUCUCGCGCGACUGGGUUUGUUUCAACCAGAAGAACUACAGUGCCAGUCAGUGUUGUGCUCAGAAGCCAGAAGACAGACGGACAGAAAGACACAAAAGCCAAAAUGAGUUUAAAUGGGAAACAUUAAUGUGCAGCGGCCAGUAUCACGGUUUCGGGCAGAGUUGUUUCGUUUUUCGGUGACCCAGAGGAAGGAAUUCAGUUUUGGUUUUUUUUUUUUUUUCGUUUGGAUGUGCUUCGAAGUGAAUAAUCAAGUGUAAACCUGUAUCAGACGGUGGCACUCAAAGUGAACUCGCAGUUCGUAUUAUUUUUUUUUUAUCAGUUUUACUCGAGACGAGUGCAGCGGCGGCAGUGGACACACACUGGGAGUUAAGUCCGCACCCCGCAUAAAGUGAAGUGAAACUCGAAAAAGUGACAGUACAGAGCCGAGCAGAGUGUGUGAGCAGAUUGAAUGUGUAGAAAUUACGAAAAUAAUUCAAUAAUGGCGCACGGACUACAUUCGAUGAUAAAAAGUGAAAUUGGUUGCGGGAGCGGUGGAAAGCCAAGGAUUGAACAACAUCAACGUCCGGGGGGAAGCAGCAGCCAGAACAACAGUUCGGGAGGAGCCGCUGGAAAGAUGGGUUCUCGAAGGAUUUUCACUCCACAGUUCAAGUUGCAGGUGCUGGAUUCGUACAGGAAUGACAGUGACUGCAAGGGCAACCAGAGAGCCACAGCCCGCAAAUAUGGCAUCCACAGGAGACAGAUUCAGAAAUGGUUGCAGGUGGAGAACAACCUCCGCUCGGCGGCAGCCAACAGCAGCUCAGGCGGAGCUGGCGCUGCGAUGAAAAUCAAUCUAAUGGGCAAUCAUCAGCCUCAGACCGCUCCGCAGGCACAGUUUCCACUGCAUCCGCACCAUCUCCAUCAGCACCGACACAUUCACCACCAGAAUCUGAAUUCCAUCGAACUAAAAGUGCCUCUGGAUUCAGCUAGACACCGCGUCGCUCAAAACGCCAGUAAUAACAACAACAACAUCCUCGGCAACGGCAAAGAGAGCAGCGCUUGUAUAAUAUCGCCCGUUCCCACUCACACUUUGGUAGCGCCAUUCUCGCAUCCACACCACGAAAGUUCGUCGUCGUCAGCAAGUCUAUCGGUACUUAAACCGCACAGCCGCGGCGGCGAGUCGGAGGCGGUCGCCAUGGCGGUGAGCCAAGUGCAGCGGCCCAACUAUUCACCCGUGUCCGGUGAUUUUCCAGUCACCCCGACGCCGACUCACCCCUUCGACAGGCUCAAUCUGCUCGAUCCGUACUAUCAUCCGUAUCAUCUCCCCUACGCCAAGUACGCGAUCGACUGUCCGAUCGACCUUUCGCUACCGCAACACUAUCGCACCAAGCUGGAUCAAGCUCUCUCGCCCUGUUCGACCAUCUCCUCGGUCUACUCAUCACGGCCACGAUCCAUCACCCCAUCGGCCCCAGUGGAAAUCAAAACCGAGAAGCUUUCCUGCGAUCAACCCGCAGCAGAAGACUACGAAGCGGUCGAUCUCUCCUGCCGAAAGCGCAAAACUUCCUCCCCGAGUGAUGACGACGCAAGCCCUCCCAAAUCCAUCAAGCUCUUCAAACCUUACCUGCUGGACGAGAAAGACGACGACAAGGACUCCACAAUCGGUUCCCCGGUUCCGACGGGGAGGCCCGAUUACCCGAUCAUUUGGAACUUUCAUGCCCAGCAGCGAUACUACGAAGGUCUGAUCGAGUUCCACGGAGGAUACCCGCUAAGCCCUCCCUGUAUCCGCCAACCGCUAACUCCGAGCCCUAGGACUCCGUACAGCGCCACCUUGUCCCCUUCCCCGCCGAGCAGCACCCACUGGGCACAGCCACAAGCCUCCCCCGUGUCCGGCUACGACAGUUCUACCUCGAUCUCGUCCGUCUACAGCAACGAUGGCGACGCCGACGGCUACAGCUACAACCUGGAACUGCGGCAGCAGGCCAUCGACAGCUACUACCACGACGCCAGCUGCCGGGGCGAUUUCCGCGCCGUCGCCUCCAAGUACAACAUCAACCGGAAGUACGUCGAGAAGUGGCUCGCCCAGGAGGAUCAUCACGCGCUUCCGGCGGCACCACCGCCACCACCAACACCGCAACAGGUCGUCGUAGGGUAAGCCCAGAAAUCGCCAUUUUAUGUCAUUCAGAUUGAACACACACACGAGUAUAUACGAUUAGAGUCCUGUGAUGUCCUUCUUCGGUGUUUCGGGGUUUAAAGAGUUCCGAACCGAUCAUGUAAUGGUCGGUCGGUGACCGAAUUGUUUCAUAUUUUAAUCUGAUUGAUUGGUCACAGUUCGGAGGGACACCUCCGAGUCCACACAGGGACUAUGUUGGAAAAACUGAAAUGUGAUAUUUAUAACAUAUAUACCUAUACAUAUACAGACAGCAGGAAGUAGAUUGAAAAAGCGCGUAUUUUGCAGAGUAGGAAUUUGCCAGGAUUAGCAGCUAGCGGAUUAACGUCCGAUAAAUUAUCAUCGUCUUCGGGCAGGAAACCAUCGGUAAAAAGGUGUGAAAGGACAUUUUCGGAAAGGUACAUUUUGUAUUUCACUUGCAACCUGUGGGAGGUACCCGGAGCAGGUCUCCGGGCGUUGUGGGGAAUUUCGAACUGUUAAAAUCACUUGAAAGAAUAAAUAUGCUAAUUUUGGGACCGGAGAUCAGGCAAAAAUCUCGCCUUGGUGUGUCGGUAAUUAGCAUAACAAUUGGUUUUUAUUAACCGAACUGCAGGGAUUUGGGAACCUGUAGGUGGUCCGACAGAGAGUGCGAAUGAGAAGAAGCGAAAGGAAAGCUAACAUCGGCCUUUUGUCACAGGUGUUGCGGCCCUCUUCUAGAAUUAGAUAGAAGGUUCCGCCCCCUGAGAAUUUUCAAACACCUUCCAGGAUCGCAGGUAGUUCCUUGGCGGUUAUAUGAUCUCUCCCUUCUCGCUUUCUCCCAGUAUCCUUGCACUGGAUUGUCUCUGCAAGUCCUGAACGACCGUCGUGCACACAAAUCACAGGUGCCAUAUAGUUUCUAGGCUUUAUUCUGUUUUCAUUUCCCUCUCUAGCCGAGCCAAGUGCGAAACUGGGGGCUGGCAUAUAAUCUGCUGCACCGGCGGCAAUAAUAACAGAAGCAAUAAAAGCAACACCUUUCGCACUGCGAUCUUUAUAAUCCUUGGAAUUCCCCACAAUCCCGCUUUCGGUUGAUCACUUGGCAGCAUUUGUUUACCCGCAGAUCACCUCCGUUUCUCCGGCACAAAUGUCACUCCACCCGAUACCACAUGGACGCUCUUGCGCGAAACAAAAUGGCCGCCUUGAACUUACCGUUCCUCGCAUGAUGGCGGCCGAUUGCGUCACUUCGCCAAUAAUCGGGAUCUCAAUCCAUGCGCGAAGUCACCGCCGGCUCCGAUUGCUCCACUUCUUCUGUGUGCGCAAAAGCGCUGAUUGCAACUAAUUUUAGUCGGACGGACGACUCUGAUUGAACAACAGUUUGCGCAGAAAAAGGAAAAAUAAUGCGCGCAAGAGGUGUCACUAAUUACCACCGGUGCCAAGCGAGCGCGUGUUUCGGCGUGCCGUGUCAAGUUCGUCACUGUUGUUGGCAACCGAACUGUUUGCAAUUGUAACAAGAUUUCCCAAUCCUUUUGCAAAACGUCUUUUUUUUUUCGAUCAAAGCCGGUGGUGAAAAAGCAAGCUUGUACCUUUCCGACGGGUGUCUUCCCCCUUCGCUCCGAGAAAAUCAUAAUCAAAAGAUAUCGUAGUAGGCCAGGCAAACAAAAUCCUAAUCAAAGCAAACAUAUUUGUGAAUAUCAAGUGCCUAAUUGAGAUGGAAGAAUCAAGCAAAAUAAUCCCAUACAAACAAAAACACAUUAUUAGAAGAAAGACUAGUUAGAGUUACAAAGUAAAUCAAGUGCCAAUACAACAAACAAAACAAGCUAAAACCCAGCUAGUAAUACAUAGAAACACACACACAUACUAGAUAAGCAAUCCAGUUACAAUACUUCAGUUUGUUAAGCAUAGCUUCCCCAAGCCAACUUGAAUUGUAAAUAGCCAACUCACAAGUGUCAUCCCCCUUCUAAGAUUUCCAUUGAAUUUCAUUAAAGUUGUAAACUCAUUCACACAUAUCGUAUCGGGAGUUGAUUCCCGGUCAGCGCUGUAAAAAAGAAAAGAAGAAACUAACUACAUUACACCCUUACACGAAAGUAUACAGAUUAUUUUGUAAGAGCGGUUACAUGUACUAAAAAGAAAGCAAGAAAUGUAUAGAUUUCCAGCCAGAUGAUUUGUCUCAGUCUCAGUUUUAGUUUUAGUAGUCAGCCAGCAAAGUGAACUCUAUAACAGUAGUUUGUAAUUUUCAUCAUAGAAACACACACGACGCAAACAUGCAUACAUUGAUUGUAUAAAGUGCAAGCAGCCAUAUUAGCGAUGAGUGAGCGGAUCGGUUUCGAAUGAGUGUUCACGAGUUGAGAGUUUGUAGUUUAUGGAGAAGAUGAGAAGAAAUAAUUCGUUGUAGAUUAGGCUAGCGUUUAACUAAGGCAUGCAAGUGAGAGAACUGAGUAAGAAAGCAUAUUGUAUUUUCUACUAUAUUAUACAGAUUGAGAACGGAACGGUCUGUUCUUUUUAUUCGAUGCGGAGAAAAACGUUAAGAUGAGAAAUAUAUUAUAUAUUAUGAUAGUUGUAAACAUUAUCAUAAACAAUUAAAAACUA